UUCGGCUCAGGCAGAGGCGCAAUGCUGGCCCUAAGGUGUCCGCCGGCGUUUCAUGCGCCGGUUGCGCCGCCAACGCGCCCAGCCCCGCGGCAUGUGGAGCGAGGCCGCGAGGCUUCUGGUCAAGCGGCGUGCCUAGCCACCGCACUGCUGCUCGGCGCCUCAGUGCGCACAGCCACGGCAAGGGCCGCGAGGCCGAAGAUGCAGAAGAAGAAAAAGUCGAAGCCCCUGCACUUCGGUCCGAAGAAGUUGCGGAGUGGCUAUUGGCAGGAGGACACCGAGAUUGAUGACGACAUCGAUAUUUUCGAUUGGUUCAAUGCUGAGGAUUUGCUGGAUGAUCCGCCUGCUUCCGUGAGUGCAGUGCAGGAGGUGGCCACGUUUACGGAGCUGGAGGAGGGUUUGGUGCCCUUCGAUGCCCCCGAGUACCGGCCACCCCCGCCCAAAUGUCAGCUGGCCAAAGGCUUGAAGAACCCGCCCUUCGUCGAUCAGCAGCCGGGCAGGUCCUUUACAGCCAACAUCCAGCAGCAGGUGAGCGAUUUUGGCCAAGAAGGCAGCAUGGAAGAUGCCGACAUUGUGACUAGCGUCCAGGCCUUGCGUACCAUGCUCGCUUUUGUAGACGGCACCCUCACGGAGGACAUGAGGGCGAAGGGUCUGAACACCAGGCGCGGGAGCCAGGCUCAACGGGUGGACCUCUUUCGCGUGGGCCGCCUUCCAGAUGCUCCCAACGCGAUCUCCAUUGGGACUGUUUGGAGCUGGGUGCCCGAGAACGCCGCAGCGGGGAGCGCCAAUUUCAACAAACGCUCCUACGACGUGAACUUCCAGUAUGUGGUCACGGGCAACGAAACGGUUGACGGGCCGCCUUGCAUCCGUGAAGUGGAUGAUCCUUUGCACGUCCGCAUCUUGAAGUACACGGUGGGUGGGUUGAACAUGGUGGUGCAAGCUCCUGUGACCUGCACCAUGCCAACGGCCGAUGAGGAUGCCAUGCCGAAUACCAACAUGGGGGUUGAGUGCUCCACAGCCAACACCAGGGAUGCCGGCGAUCUCUGGGGGGAGUUCCUGCCAACCAAGUUGGCAGAAAUGAAGCUGGGCAAUGUUGGGAUGCUGGUGCGCGGAGUUGUGGACAAGGGCUUCCUCAUCGAGUUGCAGGAAGUGACCCAGGACGAUCUCCGCCUGGACCGCUCCACGCUGGAGGCAGAGUCCGAUGCCUUGAUCGGGAAACUCGUGGGCUUGCUGAAGCGCAUCAAGGAAGUCUCCGAGUGCCCGGGCUGCAUCAACCGGGUGCUGUACCUCCAGUACUGCGACGGGGAGCUGCGGGUGAUUUCCCCUUGGACGGAGGACGAGUUGGCGGAGCUGGCCAGCUUUCGGCAGGUCAGCAACAAGGAAGUGGAAGAGCUGCUCUACGGCGACUAGGGCGACGCUUGCGCGCCACUUGUUCCACGUG